UUAGGGAUGAUUACAUGUAACAUCCAUAAAGAUAAUUAUUUGAAAACAGGUGGUGGUACUGACAUUGUUUGGACAGGAAAACAAACCAUAGUCUUUUACAGAAGGCUGAAAACAAAUAUGGGGUGGUUUCUGUGCUGCUUGCUGACUCUGAAUCUAUCAUUUGUGACUUGUUAUUUGGGUAUUACUUAUAAUUUAAAAGAUUGUGUGGACAUUCCGCCUGUCAGAUUCUGUGGAACGGCCGCCAGGGUUAGACCCCCUAUUGUUUUAUACUUCUAUGACAACAAUCGUGGUCUGUGUGAGCCCUUUCUAUGGUCCGACUGCCCUAACGCUCACUCCAAAAACGUGUUCCAAAGCAAGAGUGAGUGUGAUACUAUUUGCAAGGAUCCACUAAGUGUCAUUGAUAUUAGUCAAGAGCCAUUAUAAAUUAAUCAUGUUGAUUCAGUAUAAAUAA